AAUAUUCAUGCCUACUUUUUUUUUGACAUAACUGCUAUACAUUUCAGUUGUUGAACUUGAGAGUUGGCGGCUCUUCUGCCGUAUCCAUGAACAAAAAAGGUGUACGGAGUAUGUGUGUUAACUCAAUUACUUGCGGGCAAGUACGGAAUCUUCCUAGCCAAUGUCACCAAGUGUCGCACAACAAGUAUCUUGGUGCGCAUUUUUUUUCUUUUCUUUUC